CACGCUCCAACGCGUCACGUCGACGGCCGUCAUGCCCGCGGAGGAGACGCAGUGGCACGCGCGCCCGCCGAACCCGAGCAACCCGGUCGUGUUCUUCGACGUCACGAUCGGCGGCGCGGACGCGGGCCGCAUCAAGAUGGAGCUCUUCGCGGACGUCUGCCCGAAGACGGCGGAGAACUUCAGACAGCUGUGCACGGGCGAGUUCAGGAAGAACGGGUUCCCGCAGGGGUACAAGGACGUGGAGUUUCACCGCGUCAUCAAGGACUUCAUGAUCCAAGGGGGCGAUUACCUGAAAGGCGACGGCACCGGGUGCGCGUGCAUAUACGGCAGCAAGUUCGCGGACGAGAACUUCCUCGGGAAACACACGGGGCCCGGCUUGCUCUCCAUGGCCAACAGCGGACCGAACAGCAACGGGUGCCAGUUCUUCCUGACGUGCACCAAGACGGAGUGGCUGGACGAUAAGCACGUCGUCUUCGGUCGCGUCCUGGGCGACGGGCUGCUCGUGCUGCGGAAGAUCGAGAACGUCGGCACGGGGGCGAACAACAAGCCGAAGCUAUCGUGUAAGAUCUCCCAGUGCGGCGAGAUGUGAGAGAUAAGUUGUUGUGUUCGAUUCUUUACCUAUAGAAGACUUGACUCGAUUCGAAGCCUUAUUAUG